ACCCGGACAACACAACAGGUUUACUCCUGCAACGGUUCGACUCAGUUGCUGACUCGCCGUCUCUCUUACUACCUCCAACAACGUCAACCCCAACAAACCCUUUUCUCUCUCUCUGCACGAACACACCUUCUCUCUCCUCAUCUCCUCUUUUCUCCUCUCCUGCCCUUUUUCGUCUUUUUCAACAUAUCCCCCAAUCAGACGGCCUGUAUCUCUCCACGUCCCGUCGUCUUCUUCUUUAUCCUGCAACCUCACAUAUAUAUAACCGCCUCGUCCCCUUUCUCUUUCUAGGGUUUCCACUGACUCAACAAAUUCCAAAAAGGGGGGACGCUACGCCACACCCACGCCCUUCUCUCUACUCAGUCACUGCCUAUGAUUUCUCUCAACACCACCGUUCGAUCCUCUUUUUUCUCCACCUACACCCAGCUGAGCCUGUAAUUUCUACGAUUCUGAGGUAUUUUUCGAUCCAAUCUCAGUUUUUGUAUGUAUGGGUUGAGAAUUUCUAAAUUUGGAUAGAGAAAGGUGUCUUUUUGAGUUACUGUAGUGUUAAUUACGGUGUUUUCAGUUGUUAUGUUGAAUGGCGAUUGAAAAGAAUAGCUUCAAGGUCUCCAGAUUUGAUUCGGAGUUUUCGCCUCGGAGUAGGGAGAGUAUGUCAAGUGAUGAUGACGAGCCGCAGAGACGAAACUCGGCAGUCGAAUCGGAUGACGAUGAUGAAUUUGAUGACUGUGACUCUGGCGCGGGAUCAGACGACUUUGAUUUGCUAGAAUUGGGGGAAACUGGCGAGGAGUUCUGUAAAGUAGGGGAUCAGAGUUGUAGCAUUCCCUUUGAGUUGUAUGAUCUUCCGGGUUUGGGCGAUGUGUUGUCUAUGGAUGUGUGGAACGAUUGCUUGACUGAGGAAGAGCGAUUUUACCUCACAAAGUACCUUCCAGAUAUGGACCAAGAGUCAUUUAUGCGAACCUUGAAAGAGAUCUUCACGGGUUGUAAUCUUCAUUUUGGGAGUCCCAUUAGUAAGCUGUUUGAAAUGUUGAAGGGAGGGCUGUGCGAACCGAGGGUUGCUCUCUAUCGGCAAGGUUUGAGUUUUUUUCAGAUACGCCAACACUACCACCUAUUAUGGAAGCAUCAAAACUCUAUGCUCUCUAGUUUUUGUCAGAUAAGGGAUGCUUGGAUUAAUUGCAGGGGAUAUAGCAUAGAAGAGAAGCUUCGUAUACUGAAUAUAAUGAAGAGCGAAAAGAGUUUAAUGUAUGAAAAGAUGGAGGAGUUGGAGACUGACUCAUCUGAAAGAGAGGAAUCAGGGGAUGUUCUGUGGAGUAAAAAGCUGAAGGAUCGGAAACUUGGUCAGAAAAUGGGUCAUCAUUCCGUGUAUCGGGCAGGUUCAACCUUAGAGUUUCCUUCUCAGGGGGGGCUGAUGGACUUGGAACCGGCAAAAUAUUGGAAACAGAAUCCUAAAGGAACAUUGAAGUUGGCUGGAUCGAAGACUUCUUCAACGAAAGAUUUAGUGGGUCGCUUGCCUGCUAUUCAGCAUGGUUUGGAAACGAAGCUGGGGCCAUACAGUUCAGCUUUUGUUCAUCCUCGUAAGAAUAAGACAACAGGGUAUGAUUCAGUGGCAGCAGUCCGUGUGAGGGAUCAGAGGAGAGAUGACGAUGACGCAGAAGAAGCACUGUAUGCAUUGGCUAAUCAGAGAGAUCCAAAUUUCUUAAGAGUUAAUGCAAUGGAUAAAGCUGGGGCUUCUAAAUUAGGGAAAAAGCAUGAAAAUCUGAGAGGUGACCACAAUGUCAGUGAAAGUUUCAUGAAUUUCCCUACGUCUUCAAAGAAUGAUUUCCGUGCCUAUGGUGGGAAAAAGACUGUGAAUCAGUUGUCAGAUAUUGAGGUCCUAACUGCAAGGCCGUCUAAUACUAGAAUUUCCUAUGGUUAUGGCAAAAAAGUAAAGUAUCCUGAGAAUGUUCAACAAUUUGCAGUCGAGGAUCAGAUGAAGUAUUUGAAAGGCCGAUCUCCAAAUUUACAGAGAGGAAGUAGAAUUGAGCUGUCUGAUGGAGGUGAACCAUUUUGGCAUGACAAGGCGCAAGGAAAAGCUUUCGCUGUUGAUCAGUCAUUUCAGUACAGUGACCGAAAUAUUAAAAGCAAGAAGUGGAAGAUUGGGAGAGAUUCUCCUGAUCUCAAAGUUAAUGAUGUGUUGCUUAAUGCCGAGUAUCGAGCAAAGCCGUCACACGACAAGGUCAGAGCCAUAUUGGGGCAGAAUGGAGGGCGAGACAUGGCAGCAUUGAAAGGUACUGGAAUGUUCAACAAAAGUGAGGAAACAGAAUCGGACUCAUCGGAGCAAAUUGAUGAAGGCGAGGACGACAAUCCUUUGAUGAGGAGUAAGUUAGCCUACCCCAGUGGUGUCUUGGAAAGUUAUCAUUCUUCUAGCAUGAAAUCUGGUUCAGAUCCUAAAAAGGCUAAAUUUGUUAAGAAAGAUAAAAAGGGUAGUGCUCGGACUUUUGAUGGAUUAUCACGCUCCUCUAGAAAGACAGCUGAUCGUGUUGAACAGUUACAUUUACCAGAAGUAGAAAACUACCCUUUGAAAGCAAAGCAGAAGGGUAAGAUGCAUGAUAGCAGUAACUUGCAUAAUUCUGCCACAAGAGACAGCUAUUUUUCCGGAUCAGUUAGGUUUACUGGUGAUGAUGAUGGGAGACAAUAUGACAAGUUGGGGAAGAAUGGCCAGCUGCAAGGGGAGCAUAGUGAAAAGUUCCACAUACCCGUGCUGAGAGCCUACCCUGCAGAGAGAAGGCAGAAAGGGGAAGUUGGACGUGACUAUUCUGGCCUUCAGUCAAAUUUCUCUCGUGAUUACAUGGUCGACGAGGAUGAUGAUUCACUUGAAACACGCCAGUUGGCAGAGGACAGUGGAGUUACUGGUAGAUUGGGAAAGAAAGUUCGAAUGACUGAAGCAUUUGCAGAUGAUCAUCGUGAAAGAUCUGAUAUCCCAUUAUUAGGAUGUAAUUCAGUGACAAAGAAGCGAAAAAUAAAGGAGGAUGUGACAUACAUGGAUGAGCGAGAUGAUAGUGAUUACCGGCACUCUAACCUUCACCAGCAAGUUGAUGAAAUCAGUUCCUUGAAGAGACGUGGAAAAAGGAAAUUGGAAGAUGAAAGUGGUACUUUUGAAAUAGGAAGACCUGAGCCACCUCUUACAGAAACGAGAGCAGCAGAUAUGGAGCUGGAAUCCAAACCACAGAAAAAGCCUUUUACUUUGAUUACGCCUACAGUUCAUUCUGGCUUCUCAUUCUCCAUCAUACAUCUUCUUUCAGCAGUUCGCAUGGCAAUGAUUACUAUGCUUCCAGAAGAUUCUUUAGAUGUUGAUGGAAGAAAGGCACCCAGGGCGCAAGAUAGAAAGCAAGAAGGCAACAAUGGGGUUCAUUCACAUGGGAACUUGGAUAUCAGUAACUCAGAGCAUUCUGGGCAAAUGAAUGUACCUUCUCUUACUGUCCAGGAAAUUGUUAACCGCCUGAGAUCAAACCCUGGAGAUCCUUGUAUUCUUGAAACUCAAGAACCACUUCAGGAUUUGGUCAGAGGAGUUCUGAAAAUAUUUUCAUCCAAAACGGCACCUUUAGGGGCAAAAGGGUGGAAGGCACUUGUAUUCUAUGAAAAAUCUACAAAAAGUUGGUCCUGGCUUGGUCCGGUUUCUAGCAGUUCACCAGAUCAUGAGGCGAUUGAGGAGGUUACAUCUCCUGAAGCUUGGGGACUUCCCCACAAAAUGCUUGUGAAGUUAGUUGACUCAUUUGCUAAUUGGCUGAAAAGUGGUCAAGAGACCCUUCAACAAAUAGGAAGUCUUCCCGCCCCACCUCUGACGCUGAUGCAAUUUAACUUGGAUGAGAAGGAAAGGUUCAGGGACCUAAGAGCUCAGAAGAGUCUCACAACCAUCAAUCCAAGCUCUGAAGAAGUCAGAGAUUAUUUCCGUAAGGAGGAAGUUCUUAGGUAUUCUAUUCCUGACAGGGCCUUCUCUUACACAGCUGUUGAUGGUAGAAAAUCCAUCGUUGCUCCUUUGAGACGGUGUGGUGGUAAGCCGACAUCAAAAGCCCGAGAUCAUUUUAUGCUGAAACGUGAUCGGCCUCCUCAUGUUACAAUCCUCUGUCUUGUAAGAGAUGCAGCAGCAAGAUUGCCUGGAAGUAUUGGUACCAGAGCAGAUGUUUGUACUUUGAUUAGAGACUCACAAUAUAUUGUGGAAGAUGUCUCUGAUGCACAAGUCAAUCAAGUCGUCAGUGGAGCAUUGGACCGGCUGCAUUAUGAACGUGAUCCAUGUGUUCAAUUUGAUGGGGAAAGGAAAUUGUGGGUUUAUUUACAUAGAGAAAGGGAAGAAGAAGAUUUUGAGGAUGAUGGGACUUCAUCUACAAAGAAAUGGAAGAGGCAGAAGAAAGAAGCUGCUGAGCCAUUUGACCAGGGAACAGUGACAGUGGCUUAUCAUGGGGCCGGGGAACAAACUGGGUUUGAGUUGAGCUCUGAUCUUAAUGUUGAGCCGUCUUGCACAGAUGACGAUAAGAGAGUGGAGCAUGUGCAUUACGAUGGUAGCUAUAAUGUAGAGGAUAGUGUCGACAUUAAUCAUGGAUACGAAGGAGGUGCCAUACAUCGGGGUCAUCCAAUGGGGUGGGGCGCUCUUGACUUGAAUCCCAUGGGGGAUAACAAAUUGUUAUGUCAAGAAAAUUCCACUAAUGAAGAUUUUGAUGAUGAAGCAUUUGGCAGAGAACCUUUAAAUGGAAGCUAAUCUUGAGAAAUUCUCCAGGUUUAAGAGACCACGUAUUUCAGCGCCGUGGUCAUUUCCAUCCAUUCAUUAAUGGUGUUUUAUAAAUGAAGGUGAAUAUCCCAUGCUUCUGCAGCAACCCACAUACUCUCUCUCUCUCCCUGUUUCAAUUUUUUUUUUUUUUAAUCCUCAGGUAUUAGAUCAAUUUAAAAUAGAGUUCAUUGCUCCUUUUGAAUUGAGAAAGUUUGUGAAAUUCCAUGUUGUAGAAUCCUUUCUCUAUGUAAAUGUGUUAAGGGGAGCAUUAUAGUUAUUAUUAUUAUUAUUUUAGCCUGUUCUAAAGAUGCUUGUCCUUAGAAUUGGCUAUUAAUUCUCUUACCUGAACAUGUCCUUUCCUCAUAUAUUACAAGAAGUUUUUACUUGUUCUGUUGACCGAUGCUCAAAA